UCUAAUUUUUAGGAUAUAUCUACAUUAUUGAUUCAUAUUAGUGUGACCACGUGCAUUAUCACCAUAAGAUUUUCAGUCACCGGAACAUGAUAUACUAAAUUUCUGCAACCGAGUGCGGGGAGACGCCAACACAAAUUUCGAUCACAUUUGAAAACUUGAAGAAGAUGAAAUUAUGCAACUUAAUUUAGGCAAGUUGCAGAAAAUUUUACUACUAUAACAUGUUCCGCUUGCUGGAAGUCUUAUGGUAAUAAUGCAUGUGGAGCACUAAUAUUAACCAAUAAUGUAGCCAACAAAUCCUGAAAAAUUAGACAGCUAAAAUUUCGGAAAAGAUGCAUUUCAUUAAAAGAUUUAAGACCAAAAAGAGGUAUGUAUAUAUAUAAAACACCCAAUUAAUAGCAGGAUAGAAACAGUUGAAAAUAGUACCAUAUAUGUACUGUCUUAUUUAAGACAAGUAUAGAGGUUUUAGGUUUAAAACUUUCCUGUCAAGAAUUAUGGGCUUGCUGAGUUAUUUUAACUAACUUAACAUGAAAAAGGAAACAUCCCUUUUCAUCACCAGCCAGAAUCCUUGAUUCACAUAUCUUCCUCCCAGAAUCUCUCCGUUUCUUCCAUUUCCAAGAAUUUUAUCGUGUAAGAAUCGUACAUGACGGAACCUCAGUUUUUCUAUCUGUGCUGAAGUUUAUGAGGGCAUCAUCAUCUGGUAUGAUCAUGAUAUAACCUUCAUGUUUUCUGUACAUAAGGGGUUCUCAACCUGCUUUCCAUGUUGAUAUUUGCCAUUGCUUUUCUCAUCUCUUAAUUUGUAGCUUGUUACUUUUGUCAGCAGUUCCAGAAGUUCUUGGUAAGAUAUGCUGUUGUUUUCCUUAAAAUUUGAUGUUUUCUCACAAUUCACAUGUUUUUCUGUUUAUAAUCUUGAAUCUUGAUCAUAUGUUCUUUCUAGCCGUAUUUGGAACGAGUUUUCACUCAAAUAUUGCUGUUUAUGACUUGUUUUUGAACUUUUACUUCAUGUUUCUCCAAAGGGUUAUCCCCCGAAUUUAUUUUCUUUUGAUCUUUAGGACAAAGAAUCAGAUAUCCUUUAUGUUGUAAGGAUUUCAGGAAAAUAGUAAAACUUGUCUUAAUUUGGUUUUUAUCUUUGAUCUUCUUGUUUGAAUGAAGGAUGAGUUACAAUACUCAUUCCGUCUUAGAAUGGAAGAAGAGAUGCUGAGCAUGAUUUCCCAUGCAAAACUGAAUAUGAAUGAAGAAUCAUCCGACUCUAAUUGUAGCAUCUACGUCACAAAUGCGUGCAAGCGUUCUAGAGUCGAGAGGUUCAAAGGAGUCGUCCCUCAACAGAACGGACAUUGGGGUGCACAGAUAUACGCAAACCAUCACCGUGUAUGGCUUGGGACGUUCAAAUCAGAGAUCGAUGCUGCGAUGGCCUAUGAUAGCGCAGCCAUCAAGCUUAGAAGUGGAGAUACUCACAGAAAUUUUCCAUGGACUAAUAUCAGCAUCCAAGAACCAAAGUUCCAGAGCCAUUUUACCACUGAUGUAGUUUUGAACAUGAUAAGGGACGGUUCGUAUCCUGCAAAGUUUGCCGAUUUUCUAAGGAGCCAACGAGGUGAAAUAGAGAUAGGCUUGAACCUAUCAUCGUUCCACGGAGAUGGGCAGUUUUCUUGCAAUCUACUUUUCCAGAAGGAGCUAACUCCAAGUGAUGUUGGCAAACUUAACAGGCUCGUAAUCCCCAAAAGAUAUGCCGUUAAGCAUUUUCCCAACGUGCCGGAUCCUAGCGAUUAUAGCCUGGAUAUUGCUGGAAGAGUAGACGAAGUUCAGCUUGAAUUCUACGAUAGGCAGAUGAACUUGUGGAAAUUCCGGUAUUGCUAUUGGAAGAGUAGCCAAAGUUUUGUGUUCACAAGGGGCUGGAAUCGGUUCGUGAAGGAAAAGAGGUUGAGAGCGAACGACACCAUAGCUUUCUAUAUGUACGAGAGCAGGGAUGGAAGACGUUUUGGGCAAUCGUUUCUAGUCAUUGAUGUAGCCAGCAAAGACGAGUCGAGGAACGACAACAACACGAAAAUGGAAUUGGGAAGAGUAACUAAUAACUCUGACGAAGUUAAACAAGACAAAGUAGAGAACGGAAAUCACAACUCCUUUGUGGAAAUAUUAACUUUACAAGCUCCGAGCAGUGACACAAAAGGUUUUAGGCUUUUCGGAGUCCAAAUAGACUAAGUUUGAGGGCUAAUUCCUCCUUAUGCUUCCAUUUCUUGUUUUCAUGGAUCCAAACUAUGGUGAAUUGAACUCAUCUAACUCUUUUCCAUGACUAACUCACUAGGUUAAUUUAACGUUUACUUGCCAAAAUAGUUUCUGAGCAAAGUGUUGUUCAAUCAAUCAAACAAACAUAUCUGCUCGAACACAGACAAGAUUUCUAUGCCUCAGAAUGUAAUGAAUUCUUUUUGGUUUUUAGUUUUU